UUACUCCCCAGUAUUGGAGAGAGACAGGAGACCCCAGCGAGUGUUUGGGAUGUGUGGGCCUAGGGUCAGGGACGGUGUGAAGCCAGAUUAGUAUAGGACAGGUAGGAGGUUGGUCUGUCCAAAUAUGAGGGCCCAGACAGGCUGUUUCACACUGCUGCCCCUACUCCCUAAUGGGGAAAUUGAGGCUUAGAGAGGGAGCGUGGUGACCCAGGAUCACACUCUGAUACUCCACCCUCUUCAUCCUCAUCCUCCUCACUUCACCCAGAGUCCUCCCUCUCAACCUCCAGCCUUCAUUUCCUCCAACUAUUCUUACACGACCCGCCCCAAAGAACAUCUGAGACCCCCUCCUCGUGUCAUGCUAAUGACCAUCGGGAGGCCCCGCCCACACCAUAAUUCAAAUAAGGUUCGCAAAAGCCCCGCCCCUCAUCCCUCCAUGGAGUCUGCGCAGCGAGGAGCCGGAUCGGACCAACUGCAUUUUCAUUUGUGCCUCCGCCAGCCUCCCAGGCUGGCUGUCAGUCUGUCCGUUGCACCGUGCUGGUGACGUCUAGGCGGAACCCGAGCUCAGGCAGCAGCACCCUUGACCCGAGCAAGCCUUGUGGAUGGAGCACUGGACCCAGAGUGCCUGCCCUCACCUGCCCGCGCCUCAGUUUCCACAUCUGUGCAAUGGGGGUGACCGUCAGUGCCCUGCUGGCUUCCAGGAGCAGCUGUGAGUCCAUGGGCGUGGUGGCCGCCUGUGGGAAGCCAUAGCGCUCUUUCACAGGCCUGGGCCUUCACCAUGGCAGGAGGGAGACCUCAGCUGAAGAGGAGUUUCUCCAUCAUUCCCUGCUUUGUCUUCGUAGAGGGCUUCUUCUGCUAUGACAGUACUUACGCCAAGCCCUAUCCGGGGCCUGAGGCUGUCAGCCGAGCACCUCCUGCACUUAUCUAUGCUCUGGUCACCGCUGGGCCCACCCUCACGAUCUUGCUGGGGGAGCUGGCACGUGCCUUUUUCCCCGCACCACCCUCAGCCAUCCCCAUCAUUGGGGAGAGCACCAUUGUGUCUGGGGCCUGCUGCCGCUUCAGCCCCCCACUGAGAAGGCUGGUCCGCUUCCUGGGGGUCUACGCCUUCGGCCUCUUCACCACGACCAUCUUCGCCAACGCAGGGCAGGUGGUGACUGGCAACCCUACACCGCACUUCUUGUCCGUGUGCCGCCCCAAUUACACGGCUCUGGGCUGCCUGCCUCCCUCACCGGACCGUCCAGGUCCUGACCGCUUUGUCACCGACCAGGGUGCCUGUGCUGGCAGCCCCAGCCUAGUGGCUGCUGCGCGCCGCGCCUUCCCCUGCAAGGACGCCGCCCUUUGCGCCUAUGCGGUUACCUACACAGCGAUGUACGUGACACUGGUGUUCCGGGUGAAGGGCUCCCGUCUGGUCAAACCCUCGCUCUGCCUGGCUUUACUGUGCCCCGCCUUCCUGGUGGGCGUGGUCCGCGUGGCUGAGUACCGUAACCACUGGUCGGAUGUGCUGGCCGGCUUCCUGACUGGGGCAGCCAUUGCCACCUUUCUGGUCACCUGCGUAGUGCACAACUUCCAGAGCCGGCGACCCUCCAGCCGAAGGCUCUCCCCCUGGGAGGGCCUGAGCCAAGCCCCUACCACGGACAGCCCCCUCGAAAAGUUAAGUGUAGCCCAGGAACCCGAGGCCUGCAGGCCGCAUUCGACACCGGCACGGCUCACCCCAUCCAAGCCGCAGAACUGCGCCCGCCGUGGCCACCUGAUCCCAAGCUGCGUGUCCUCCAGGGCUCCAGCCAUGUGUUCGUCACCCCGUGUGCCCCGCCCUCGGUUGAGAUCUGAGCCAACGCCCCUGCCACUGCCCCUGCCCCUGCCAGCACCAACCACCAGCCAGGGCCCCUCACCCUCCUCUCCUGGGCCUGGGGGGCCAGGCGGGGGUGGUGGACGUGGCCGGAAACUGCUGCUGCCCACACCCCUGCUACGGGACCUGUACACCCUCAGUGGACUCUAUCCCUCCCCCUUCCACCGGGACAACUUCAGUCCUUACCUGUUUGCUAGCCGUGACCACCUGCUGUGAAGCCCAUCCACCCACCCACCCAGAAUCUGUCCAUUUCUCAUUUAUUCCCUACCACACGUGUGUGUGUGUGCACCAUGUGAGUGCCAAAGCCCCCGUCUCCAAACCAGCCAGGCCCAGAUAUCAGAGGAUGGCUGGAAGGACAUUUGGGGGACUCCCUGCCUCUCUUGCCUUCUGGAACAUCCAAGUGGGCAUAAGUGGGAGGUGGGCCCUUGCCACCUAUAAUUGCUCUUUUAAGGGCCAAAUCCUGAUCCCAUUGGCCAUUGCCCAGCCAAUGGGAGCCUCCAGUUCUUUGAAUUUUAACUAACAGGAGUUUACUCCAGCCAAUGGUAGCCUCCUCCUCACUUCUUAGUAUCCUCAGGCGAGAGGGAAACUCCAGCCAGUGUUCAGCAAAUGAACAACCAAUAAGAGUCCUUGGUUUUCAGAAUUUCUAGGGUGGGUGGGUAUGAUUCCAGCCAAUGGGGGACCGCCCAUGUCUAAGUAUGUGCAGAAUUGAGGAGGGAAUUGGGGUCAUUCUUUGUAACCAGGACCUCUUUCCUCAGGAUCAGAAUUUAGCCAGAGGGUGGGGGGCAGGCUCCCCCAUGGCAGGAUUCUUGGGGCACCCCUUCCCCUCUCAGUCCCUCCACCACGUGCACCCUGUCACCCAGCCCCUCAUAACUUCCUACUGAUGCAGGGCAUGUCCAGUUCACAGGUUUUGUUCAGGGUGCUGUCUCCCUUUGCCUGGGCCCAGGUCACCCCAAACCCUUCUGCUACUUAUGAGGGCUGUGGUAAAGGACUUGUUCUCUUGGAAGCCUCCCACCUCCCACCCCCACCGUUCUUCACACUGCCCUCAUGCCUCAGCCUCAUGUAAAUGUGCCGUUGUGGGCUCAUGGGUGGAGCAGAGAGGGCUUUCCCACCCCCAAGGGCAGCCACAGGCAGUGGGCAGAGGAGACACCAACUCCCUUUCCUGCCCCUCCUCGUCACCUUUA